AGUAUAAGAUACCGAGCUACUUAAUUACAAAUCACAAUACACCCAGCGCCGUCGUUAACAUGAAGCUCCUGUUCGCCACUAUAUAUGCUGCCUUGUGCGUCGUCCUGGUGACAGCGAUCCACUUAGGACCAAUGAAGAGCGCUGUGAAAAUUGGUAUUGUGGGUCCGAGUACAGACACCCCUACAGAUGUAGAAGUAAGGGCUGCUAACAACGUGAUUGGCUUACUCGAAUAUGCGCGUCGAUUGAUGCCCGUCGGAAUAGACGACUUUAUAGAAGUCACAGAACCGUACACGAAAGAUGUAUUGCCACCACUCAUAUUGGAAUUCCAAAAUGGCCCUGUCGAGGGAACAGUGGAUUUGAUGAACCUUGUGGCUAGUGGCACACAAAAUUUUACCAUCCAUGAACUAGGAGUGGUAAUCGACUCCAAAAGAUUAGAAUUCAACAUCGGCGUGCCUGAGGUUGUUGUCGACGUUGACUUCGAGGGAAUAAACUUACAACUGGAACAAAUUAUAACAUUUAACACUUCUGGAAGCUCACAUAUAGUUUUAACUGGUUUAAACGUGAAUGGAGCAUUCAGCGUCGCGAGUGAUGAUGAUAAUCUGACAUCAAAUUACCAUGUUACGGGGCUGCAAGUAACAAAUUCUGCUGAAGAUGUUGAGGUUAAUGUGGCCAAUGAAAUUCCUGAAGAUAUUGUAGUUGAGGUUAAGGACGCUCUGAUGAAAUCUAUUGCGAAGGCCGCCAUUAAUGCAAUAACAGAAAUUUUAAGCCAUUUCACCCUCGAACAAGUAAAUCUCUUCCUUGAAAUUUAAAUAAUACGAAAACGAAUGCAGUAUACACCCUCGAAGUCAAUAAUAUUAUAAACAUUCAUAGAAAAAUAUUGUAAAUCAACAUCGUGAUUCGUUAGAGGGGAUACAUAAAAACGGCAAGACGAAAACAAAACGGAAGAUUGACAUACCUCACUGACGUCAGAAUAAUAAAUUUACUUACAUAAGGCAUCAAUCAACGCAGAAAAUGCAAAUUGCAGAUUAUAACGAAGAAUGAGAAACAAAAUUGCCGGAGCAAUUUUCAAGAUCUCUUUCUCCCCUCUAAUUUAUAUUACGUGGCUUAGAAACUACGCACCAACUUGUAUAUUUAUCUAUAAUAUAAUGUACUAGCAAUUUAUUCCAUAUAAAUCUAUGCCUACUAUAUUUAUGUUUAAAAAUAUUUUAUAAUAAAAUACCUACCUACCUUUAUCUCACGGAGGUAUCUCUAUGUAAUAGCACAUAAUAGGUAUUUAUGUAUUCUAAUUGACUAAUAAAAUAUUCUGUUUACUAUUUUAUUGAAAA